AUUAAUCAAUGAAAAUACAAUUUUUCAUGGUAUCAGAGCCACACCAAAAACCCUAAAAUUUUCUCCCCUUAGUUUUGGCCUCCUCCUUCCUUCGCCACACAGCAGCGCCGCCGCCCCUCCUCUUUCUUCUCUCGGCCGGCAGCUCCUCCUCUACAAUGACCGACAGUGAGGUCACAUCUCAAUCCUCCAGCCCAAAACCUCCACAUCUCGCUUUCUCCGUCUCAAAUGUCAAACUUCAUGUUCCAAUUCAACUCAGUUUUUCUCAACCAAACUAUAAAAAGUGGAGCUGCUUGUUCCUCCUUCUAGCACGGCGGUUCAAUCUCCAACUUGAUGCUAUUCUCCAAGGAUGGAUUCUCUCCACCAUCACAGAUAAGGUGUUUGAUCUCGUUCUCUCUUCUCUCUCUACUGCAUCUGCCCUCUGGAAGCUGAUUCAUGAUUUGUUUCACGACAAUAAGCAUGCUCGAGCCAUGCAACUCGAGCAUCAAUUUCGCACCACCGUCAAAGGAUCUACCCCCAUGGCUGCAUAUUAUCAAGAGCUCGGGAAUAUUGCGGAUUGGUUAGAUGACGUUGAUGCCCCCGUGUCUGAGCACCAACUAAUACUUCAGAUGUUGCGCGGCCUUGUUGGGGACUUGUCGUAAGGUCCAAAACAAAUUAAAAAUUUAUAAAAUAUCCUUAACUAACCCCCAAUAUAUAAUCAAAUAAAAACUAUAGCUAGAG